AUGAAGUUGCAUGAAACCGGCGUCCUGGGCUACUCCCGCGUGGCGGUGCCCCCCGACCGCCAGGGCCGGCUGUACAAGAAGAGCGAACGCAGCAGCACCUACCAGCGCCGCUGGUGCGAACUGCGAGGGAACUUGCUCUUCUACUGGGAGCGGCAGGGGGACCGGGAGCCGCUGGGGCUGAUCCUGCUGGAGGGCUGCACGGUGGAGCUACAGGAAUCCGCCACAGAGCCUUUCACCUUUGAAAUCUCCUACUGGUCGGGCCACCGAGCUUACAAGAUGGCUGCCGAAGACCAGGCCUCCAUGGAGGGCUGGGUACGGGCUCUGAGCACGGCCAGCUUUGACUACCUGCGGGCUCUGGUGACUGAGCUAGAGGGACAGUACCGGGCCAAUGGGGUUGCCCCGCCAAAGGAAUGGGCUGUUCAGCACCGCCCAGUGGUGUCAGCGGUGGGAUUGCCAGACUUUGAGGGGCUGCACCAGCAGUUUGGGAAGGAGAUUGUGAAGCUGCGGGCGAAGUGGAAGGAGGCCAGGGCAGAAGGGACCCAGCCAACACAGGGAGACCUGAUUGAUUUGGGGUAG